AUUAUAACAAGUUUAGCAGUGAUGAGGUUAAGUGAAGUAAGUUUAGCAGUGUUGGCCGCUUUAAGUAGCAGUCUAGGCAAUAAAAUCAAAAACUUCGAUAAAACACUUGACCUAUUUAAAGAUUUGCAUGAAAAAUCGGAAAAGAAGAAAAAUCGCCACAAUCGCCACCACAUUGAAUUUGUUGAAAAUAAACAAAACUUGAUUGCUGAAUAUGAAUCGCUUGUUGAAGAAUUAAGAUGUUCUCAAAUUGGUGUUGAUGGUAAUUAUGAUAGUAGUAGUAAUUUUGUUAUAUUCACGUCAUUAAUUAAAUUUGAUAUCAAGCUCGUUUUAGCAAUGAAGGAAGGUGGUUCUGCUGUAGACACAGCAAUUGCAGCCGAAAUAUGCAUCAGUUUUAUAAAUGCAUUUUCAGUUGGAAUUGGAGGGUAA